ACUCAAGGGACAGAUCACGGGAUCUUACAACAUGCUAGUUCUUGGGAGUGUUGUCUUUGCGGGUUUGGAUCAGCUCGGCGUGAGUUUUAAAUCAUGGACGAUCGAUUAAUGAAACCUGUCUUUGUCGCUGCUGGUGUCGUCAUAGUCACUAUGGCGUUUGGAGUGGUAACUUUCUUUCUUAGAAAGCAAGGAAAUGGAAAGAAGAACAGACCUGUUGCGUUAGAUCCGCAGAAAAAGAUUCCAUUUAAACUCGUUGACAAGAAGGUAAGUGCGUACAAGUUACCCGAGAGAGGCAUCAGAACUCACUUUUUUUUAUUAUUUCCUGGGGAUUCUCUGUCAGGGAGAGGUAAUCACAUGUAUCUCAGUGCUAAAAUAGAUGGAAGUCUUGUUAUCAGGCCAUACACACCAGUGACCUCUGACGAUGAAGUGGGAUAUUUUGAGCUGGUGAUCAAGGUUUAUUUCAAGAAUGUACAUCCUAAGUAUCCAGAUGGUGGCAAAAUGUCGCAGUAUCUAGAUUCCCUAGAGAUAGGUGACACUGUUGACAUCAGGGGACCAUCAGGAAAAUUAACUUAUGUAGGAAGGGGAAAAUUUGCUAUAAAGGAGAAUGCAAAGGAACCCAAGUUUAGAACAGCUAAGAAUGUUGGUUUGAUUGCAGGGGGAACUGGCAUAACUCCCAUGUUACAGAUCAUAAGUGCAGUGAUUAAAGACAGUGAAGAUAAAACCAACAUUACUCUCCUGUUUGCUAACCAAACUGAAAGAGAUAUCCUUGUACGACCCGAGUUAGAAGAGCUGGAUCAGGAAUGUGAGAAUUUCAAGCUUUGGUAUACACUUGACAAGCCACCUGACGGAUGGCCAUACAGUUCUGGAUUCAUCAAUGACACAAUGCUCAAGGAACACAUGCCGCCACCUGGACCAGACACUCAGAUACUGAUGUGUGGACCUCCUCCUAUGAUCAACUUCGCUUGUAUCCCUAACUUAGAAAAACUGGGUUACACCUCUGAUAUGUAUUUUCCCUUUUAAAUACACUGACAUGAUAAGGAAAGUAGGAUAGCAGAAUUUGCCAGAGAUGGCAGAUCUUAAACAGGAGUAAGGUGUGAUACUCUAGGGUGUGUCACCAGCAGUAUGGGGGGAGAAAAGUGUACCACUCUCUUCAAAUGCAUAACACCAACCAACAAACUGCUCUGGUUUGCUUGGAGUUAAGUUUCAAUCCUGCUAGCUUGUGAUUUGAUAAUCUUCUCAUUUCCAACAAUUUGCUGUAAUAUGUGGAUUUAAUAUGUCCCCUCCCCUUGCCAAAAUUUGAUUUUACAGUCUUUACCAAACUUUUGGGAAGUUCUGGUUUUGAGUUUACUAAAAAAAAUGAUAUAUUUGUCAUUUGAGCAUAUCACUGACCAAUUCUUUAUCUAACAAUCCACCUGACUUUGUGGGUACUUUUCUGAUGACCACAAAAGAAAAAUGGUUUUAUUUUCCAGUGUGAGUCAUUGUGGUGCAUAUUUUACUAUUGUAUGAGCUUAACACUUGAAAUGAAAAAAAAAUGAUAAAUUCACCUUUUGUCAUGGUGACAAUUAAGUUUAACACUUGAACCCUUGAGGGCGACUUGCAGAUCAUUUCUCCUUACAAUAUCACUAAAAAGGAAAUGAUCUUCUGCUGAUUGAAGAAGACCUUGAUUGUUAAAAAAAUUCUCCUGAUCAGUUCUGUAGAAAAUGUGAAGAGAACAGGGUAGAGAAUAUGAAAACUAAUUCAAGGGUGUAAGAGAUUAAUAAAACUGUAAUUAUUAGAGCACGAUAUGAGUUUGCAUCAGGUUUGUGCGGUAAGCAAAUAAAGAACAAAUUAUAAACUUG